AUUUCAAAAUUGCGUGCGAAUAUAUAACCUCCGUCUGCACUGCGACUCUGUUCCACUCCUUCAACCAAAUCAAGUUUCAAUCUCUAACUUUUCUUUCUUUUUCUUCGUAACCUUGAACUUGAUAAAAUACAAAUCCAAGGUACUGGCAUCUGUUGAAGGUGAUGCAGAACGAUGAGAAAUGAUGAAGGAAGCGGAGAAGGGGCAAUGGGUUCAGUGGUGGUUGAAAAAGUGGGAGGCAGAUCAUCGGCCACAACUUGUUUCUCAAGAUAUCCCCUCAAAUUCUUCAUACCCAAAAAGGUGGGUUCUUCCAAAACUGAUGCUGUAUGGGUUUAUGCUCUCAAUUAUGGGGGAGGAAUUGUAUCUGGUGAUCAUAUUUCAUGCAAGUUUUGUGUGGGAGAUUCUUGUACCAUGGUGUUGACAACCCAAGGUUCCACCAAGGUCUACAAAUCCGUGGGAUCUAAGUGUUCUCAGCAAAUAUUAGAGGCUAGAGUUGGAAGCAAUGCACUUUUAACCAUCAUUCCAGAUCCAGUGACAUGCUUUUCCACCGCAAGAUACUAUCAGAAACAAGUCUUCAAUGUGUCUUCAGACUCAAAUUUGGUCAUGGUUGAUUGGAUUACAAGUGGGCGCCAUGAAAGUGGCGAGAAAUGGGAUUUUGAUCUAUAUAAAAGCACCAAUAACAUUUUCUUAGAAGAUGGCCAACCAUUAUUUCUGGAUACGACGUUAUUAGAGAAAGAAAAAAAUGGACUCAUACAAGAGCACAUGCACAAUUACCAAGUAAUUGCAAUGAUUUUACUCUUGGGGCCAAAAAUGCAGUAUAUUCAGAAUCUUGUGCAAGAUAGCGUGAAAGAGAUUAUGUCUAAGCAAUUACUGCAUCCUUCUGCAUCUUUGAGUCACCAUCACCAAAGAGAAAAGGCUGAUCAUUUCCUUACAAAACCAAGCUUCAUAGCUUCCUGCAGUGCCUUUGGUCCUAAGAAAACUGGUCUUGUUGUUAGAGUGGCUGCUGAGACAACUGAAUCAGUCUAUAAGUUUCUACGACUUCAGCUGGCUCCAAUGGAGGCAAUGAUAGGUGUUCCACCAUACAAGACAAGUGUUAUAUGAAAGAUUCAUUUUAGUUUUAAUUUCAGAGCUACAUGUAAUAAUGGAGUCUAGACUGAGAUUUUUAGUCUUGUCUUAUAAUAAGCAUUAAAAAUAUAUUAUUUUAAAGUUUUAAAAUCA